GACUUCGCCCUCAGACCUUGAGUAGCUGCUUUUAGUCUCAUCUUUCUCCAAUCCACCUGCUUGGCAUGGUAAACCUUCAGGAACAUAUAUGCCAGCCAGUAUAGCUCGGCUGGGUCAUAACGAUAGUCAAGCCCGACCACGACGUCAAUGUAGCAGCUACGGUCGGGAAUUGUUUUCUUGACUCCAUUUUCAUAUUAUUUUGAUAAUUUCGGUCGAAAGUAAUAUAAAGCAGGAAGUAAAAUUAUUAAAUAAUUUGUUUAGUGUUGAAUCACCGAUGCAAAGAUUUUCAUCGUCUUUUGAAGACAAUUUACCACUUCAGGGAUUUCGGUGACGCUAACCACAGGCCUGCGUAUUGUUAGUCCAAACUUACGAUGUAUACAGGUUUAUUGUAGUGAUUAUCACAUGGCUGUUAGUCACCGUCGUGAGUCUAUAAAUUGUCCCCGCUAUUACGGUUUGCUUGAAGCGCGACAACUGAUUGGUUGCCUGGUUAUCUUACAGUUAGAUACUAGCGACUCGAAUGUGCAUGAAAUGGUUUAACGUCUAAAAUUACACUCGGUAGUUUAUAUGUUAUAGGUAGAAUAUGGCCAGUACUGGAAUCCAGGAGACGCGUUUCAUCCUACUUGGCACUCAUCAACUGGAUUUCCUUGCUAUCAGUGUAAGAAGAAGCCAAGUAAAUUUGAAAUGUAUUUAGUGAAAACUCAGAUUAUGAAAUAUGUUCACCUAGUCUAUAUUACCCUACUUGCAUUUGUUGUGUUCAGCAAUCCAAGCCGGUUAUAGCGUCCACUAUACCAGUACUGAUAUUCAAACUAGUGUUUGAGCCCACUCCCUUUCACUUCAAACACGAUGCGUUAUACAUUUACUUUGUAAGUUCAAAUAACUACUCACUUAUGAAAUAGGUAUGAUAAAUAUCACUUGUUAGAAAAGGCUUAAAUUGUGCCAACAAUGACCAAUCGGUGUUCAGUUAAACAUAUCAGCAACAGGAUCAUUCGAAGCCCUUCUCACAAUAAUAGUACCAAUCCUUAAAUUCUUUAGCGAACAGUCCAUGUAACUGCUUUUGUUCACUUCUUUCCCAUAAAUUAACUUUGUUAUUAUUUCCAAAAAUGUAUAGAUAGAUAUUUUCCAUUUAUAUAGAAAAUGCCAGAGUAUCAGUAAAUAUCAAUACAUCUAUUAAAGUACAAAUACCGUCCCAUUUAGCUACUGUUAAUAUUGGAAGUGCAACAUCUAAAUCAGAUCCAGAUUAUGAAAAUUCAAUGGUGCAAAUGGGUCCAGUUUACAACCGUACUGUUCAAGUGAAUUGUCCUGGUACAAGAUGUGAUGAACUAUUUCUAUUUCAUCUUAUUCCAAUCGAUUUCACCAUUUAUAAAUUCCGUGUAACCUUCUAUCACGAAUUAAUUAAUAAUCACUUAGAAUUUGAAGAUUACAAAGACAAACAUUCAUUAUUUAAAAUAAUCAGUGUGGAUUUCAUUCUUCAAUAUUAUACUACUGAAUUUACUUAUAUGGAAUUGGUAGUAAAGUUUAUGCUUUUUGUUAUUUCAGAACUAAUUACUAUCUGGUUUUACAUUAGGAUGAAAAAAUUUAAUCUUAAUUGUUGGACGAUUGAACAACAUUGUUUGGCUAUGUUACUGCCUCUUCUUAUACUUUAUAAUAAUCCUUUAUAUCCACUACGAUAUUUGACAAUAAAUUGGUUUCCAUCAUGUCUUGAUUAUUUAUUUCAAAUUACAUUUGUCGCUGUAUUAUUAUUUGUUUGGUUAUGUAUAUACCAUGGUAUACGAAUCUCGAAAAGAACGUUUCAGAAAUUUUAUCUACCAAAAAUAUGUUUGAUCAGCAUAUUUUGGUUGAUUAUAUUUUUAAUAAUUACUUGGAAAGUGUAUGUGGAGCAUCAUGAACCAGUAUUUGAUUUUCUAGAAUAUACGGAACUUCUAAUUUUCAUUGUAGUUUUUAUAAGUCUAUUUGGCUUUAUCUAUUUGGUACUGCUAACUGUGCUGUUGAUUCGAGCCUGUCAUAAAUUAAGAAAAUUGCCAUAUUUUAACUUGCGAUUGUAUUUUCUGACAUUCCAAUCAGUAAUCUUCAUGAUUGUCGUAGGAUUUGUAUAUUUAUCACAUUUCAAUGAAAUAUUAUUAUCUCAAUACAUUAAUUCUGUUCGUAACGUUGUUGAGAGUGAUAACAGUAAUGUGAGUGCACACCGGCAGAAUUAUCAAAGUCACAUGGGAUUACAGUAUCGAUUUAACGAUAUGCUUGGUCAUCAUUCGACACUUGAAUUCUCAAUGAUACAAUUCACUAUUAACUCAUACAUAGCUCUAUUGGCAUUUGUUUACUCUCCACCAAAUAGUGCACACAUAGAAAUGGAUGUAAAAGAUGAUCCAUCAUUAUCAAUGAUAAAUGAUUCUGAUGAAGAUGUAAUUUAUGAAUCAGAUACUGAGACUAAAACUUUUUUAUUCUCUCGACCUAUGUAGUAGUAAUGAUUAUGAUGACGUAAGAUUCGUGUAAUCAAAUCAUGCAUUCGAAUUCUCAGCGUAUUCCUAGAAUUAACUUGUUUCGUGUUCAACACACGUAUACACAUUUAUACAAAUCACUGAAACACACCAUGAUGUUACCUCUCUCUUACACGCACAUAUUACUUGAUUUUUAUUGAGGACUUAAUCUAGUUAGUUUUUUUGUUUGCAUUUUGGAUUCACCGGCUGUUUUCUGACCUUCAGUCAAAUCAUUUUUAUUUAUGGUAUGAUGUGGUGUUUUAUAAAGUACUCUACUCCAAAAGAUCAUUACAUUACGCUACAGUUUUCGGCUCAUUCCAAUCCGAUUCAAUUUGUUCACGAUCACAAUCCAUUGCAUUCAAAGAAAGAAAUCUAUUGUAGAAUAAAGCAUCGACAGUGUAAACAAAACUUCAACUUAAUCAGUGAAUUAUUCGUAUAGAAUUUUCUCUACAUUUAUGUUGGUUGAUUGUACAGAUAGUUGUUGUUAUUAUUUGUCUUUGCAUUGAUUUAACAAUCAUCAGUCAACUGUGAUAUAUUUAUAUACAUAUGCGUAUAUAUGUUGCUUUUCCAAUGUCUAUUUUUUACUAGUUUUCUGCAUUUACAAAAGAAAUAUAUAUUCAUUUUGUUGUAUCGA